UGUCUUGAACAAGUGAAGUUAUUGUAUCACUUAGUUUCAUUUCUUUACUUCUCUCCUUCUCUUCCAUUAAAGGAUGUCGAACAAACAAAUGCAAAAACGUGUUGCUUCCAUGAGAGAGGCUCUCUUUAAGCAGGGAUACUUGGAUGAACAAUUUAGUAUGUUAGAAGAAUUAGAGGAUACUGAUAAUCCUAAUUUCUGCGAAGAAGUUGUUACGAUGUUCUUCAGGGACUAUGUCAGGCACAUUAAUAACAUUGAUCGGGCACUAGCGAAAAACCCAAUUAAUUUCGAAAAGUUAGAAGAUCUUAUGCACCACUUCAAGGGUAGUUGCUGCAGCAUUGGAGCUGCAAAGGCGAAGAAUGAAAUUACAUUGUUCAGAAAUCACUGCAUAAAUGAAGAUGCUGAAGGGGUUAGAGGAACUUUCGAGCAAUUGAAGAAGGAAUUAGCAACACUAAAAACUAAACUCGAAGCAUAUUUCCAGGCGGCGAGACAAGCUGGACCCUCCCAGACUGCGGAUCGUCCCAAGUAAGAAAGCAUGGUUGAUAGGUGAAGUGAAUGCAUGGCACGACAACAAGGGUUUAAAACAGGCUGCAGAUGUACUUCGGUGGAAGCGGUAGUAGUUCAUAUGAAGUAAGGGAUUUAGUUACAUGUAGGAUUUUGAUUUUCUUUGUAACCUUGAAGUUAGAGAGGCUUAAGAAUAAACCCAUGUUGAAGAUGCCUUUUCGUAAUGAAAGUCGUGAAAGUGUUGGUUUGAAUGUUGUUUUAAUGGUUAAC